GGUGGAGGCAGGUGAGGGAAGGAAAGAAGCGGUGGCGCGGCAGACCUAGCAGCUCGGGCGGCGGCCCGGUUCCUGGGAGUGUCGGAGCGGCGCGGUGGUUGGGGCGGAUCCCGCGGGGCCCGGGCGGGGGAAGGAGUCACCGGCCCGGCCAUGGCGGACAACGAGAAACUGGACAACCAACGGCUCAAGAAUUUCAAGAACAAAGGCCGCGACUUGGAGACUAUGAGAAGACAACGAAAUGAAGUUGUGGUUGAAUUAAGGAAGAAUAAAAGAGAUGAGCAUCUCUUAAAAAGAAGAAAUGUGCCACAUGAAGAUAUCUGUGAAGACUCUGAUAUAGAUGGUGAUUAUAGAGUGCAAAAUACCUCUCUAGAAGCUAUUGUUCAAAAUGCUUCAAGUGAUAACCAAGGGAUUCAGCUAAGUGCAGUUCAGGCUGCUAGGAAGCUUUUGUCCAGUGAUCGAAAUCCACCAAUUGAUGACCUAAUAAAAUCUGGAAUAUUGCCUAUUUUAGUCCACUGUCUUGAAAGAGAUGACAAUCCGUCUUUACAGUUUGAAGCUGCAUGGGCUUUGACAAACAUUGCAUCUGGAACCUCUGAACAAACUCAAGCAGUAGUUCAGUCCAAUGCUGUGCCACUUUUUCUGAGACUUCUCCAUUCACCUCAUCAAAAUGUUUGUGAGCAAGCAGUGUGGGCUUUGGGAAAUAUCAUAGGUGAUGGCCCCCAGUGUAGAGACUAUGUCAUAAGUCUUGGUGUUGUGAAACCUUUACUUUCCUUCAUAAGUCCAUCUAUUCCUAUAACAUUCUUAAGAAAUGUUACUUGGGUUAUGGUCAACUUAUGUCGUCACAAAGACCCACCACCCCCAAUGGAAACCAUUCAGGAGAUUCUUCCAGCCCUUUGUGUUUUAAUUCACCAUACAGAUGUAAAUAUAUUGGUAGAUACUGUCUGGGCCCUCUCUUACCUCACUGAUGCUGGCAAUGAACAGAUACAGAUGGUAAUAGACUCUGGGAUCGUUCCUCACCUGGUUCCUCUGCUCAGUCACCAGGAAGUGAAAGUCCAGACUGCUGCACUUCGAGCAGUAGGCAACAUUGUUACUGGAACUGAUGAGCAAACACAAGUUGUUUUGAAUUGUGAUGCUCUUUCACACUUCCCAGCACUUCUGACGCAUUCCAAAGAGAAAAUUAAUAAAGAAGCAGUGUGGUUCCUGUCUAACAUCACCGCUGGAAAUCAGCAACAGGUUCAGGCAGUAAUUGAUGCCAACCUCGUACCAAUGAUAAUACACCUCUUGGAUAAGGGAGAUUUUGGCACUCAGAAAGAAGCUGCUUGGGCCAUAAGUAACUUAACGAUUAGUGGAAGAAAAGAUCAAGUGGCUUACCUUAUCCAACAAAAUGUAAUCCCACCUUUCUGCAACUUGCUAACUGUAAAAGAUGCACAAGUUGUGCAAGUAGUACUUGAUGGACUUAGUAAUAUAUUAAAAAUGGCUGAAGAUGAGGCAGAAACCAUAGCCAAUCUUAUAGAAGAAUGUGGAGGACUGGAGAAAAUUGAACAACUUCAAAAUCAUGAAAAUGAAGACAUCUACAAAUUGGCCUAUGAGAUCAUUGAUCAGUUCUUCUCUUCAGAUGAUAUUGAUGAAGAUCCUAGCCUUGUUCCAGAGGCAAUACAAGGUGGAACAUUCGGUUUCAAUUCAUCUGCCAAUGUACCAACGGAAGGGUUCCAGUUUUAGAAAGAUGUUGUGGAAGUUAGGUCCAUGCAGCACUGAGAUAUAUAUAUAUA